GUCUUGGGCCUGGUGUUUUCAUCUUUACGCUCAUUGUCACUACAGUUGUCUCCCAGUAUAUCUACACAUGUAAAUUCCCCAAAACACCUGGAUUCGCCUUUCAAAACACCAUCCAGUUUCUUCCUGCCGUCUUUACCUGCCCAGGUACACUUUCACAAAGUCAUAAGAAAAUAUCCACAAAUCCACAACCGUGAUCAGCCUCGCCCAUUCAACCAAGCCAAAGCGUAAUACACGCACCCAAGCAUUGCCAACAUGGGUCAAGAAGCGUCUCAACCUCAAAUCAAUCCAAAUGAUCCUCCCCACACUCUUUCAGCCCGUUCAAUCGAAGGGGUUGCGGAUUUCAUCAAGAGUGGUAAAGCAAAGAACAUCGUUGUUAUGACAGGAGCUGGCAUAUCCACUAGUGCGGGCAUACCAGAUUUCCGUUCACCGGAGACCGGUAUAUACGCCAAUCUUGCCGAACUGAAUCUUCCUUAUGCGGAAGCGGUUUUUGAUAUCGACUUCUUCCGCGAAAAUCCAGCUCCUUUUUAUGUUCUGGCAAAAGAACUCUAUCCUGGCCAGUUCUACCCUACGGUAUCACAUGCUUUCGUUGCGUUGAUUGAAAAGAAAGGAUUACUUAGAAUGCUUUUCACACAAAACAUUGAUUGUUUGGAACGUCGAGCCGGAGUCUCUUCGGAAAAGGUUAUCGAAGCACAUGGAAGUUUCGCUACCCAAAGGUGUAUUGAUUGCAAGACUGAAUACCCCGACGAUAUGAUGAAGAAAGCCAUCGAAGAUGGAGACCCAGCGACUUGUUUGGUUCCACAAUGCGGUGGUUUAGUUAAACCAGAUAUUGUGUUUUUUGGCGAACAGCUACCGGAAGCCUUCCACGCCAACAAAAUGAUUCCCGCUACGGCUGAUUUAGUCAUUGUGAUGGGCACCAGCUUGAGUGUUCAGCCAUUCGCAACAUUGCCGACCCUUGCCCCCGAGACAGUUCCAAGACUACUGUUUAAUAUGAUCUCCGUCGGCGAUAUUGGCAGUAGGUUGGAUGAUGUGGCCAUUCUUGGUGACUGUGAUAGUGGUGUCAGGAAACUGGCCGAUGCCUUGGGAUGGAGAGACGAAUUGGAAGAAUUGUGGAUUUCGGUUGGAGGAAACACAAAACAGAAAGAGGCUGAAAAGGCUGAAGAAGCCAGGCUCAAUAUGUCAAGAGACGAACUUUUCGAAGCAGAUAUCAAAGAACUGACAGGUGAAAUUGAUGAAGCACUGAAGUUUUCGAGUAACCAUACACACAGGGUGAACACCGAUCUUCAGAAAAACUCGACCGUAAAGUUGGCAUCUCCUCCGGUAGCCCCUGAAGCUACGCCGUCGCGACCACCUCCAGAUUUUGCUGCUGAUAAGGGUUCACUACUUGCAGAUAUCACGAAUGGAAUUCCACUGAAGGAAGCAACGACUGUUGUUCGAUCCGCUCCAAUCAUAGUCGAGAAGAACACCGAAACUAAGCCCACGUCUGUGGAUCUAAAUUCCACCACUGAAGAGCUUGUCAAAGACUCAAGUAUUGUGCUCGACGUCACUAUGCCCCAAAAUAUGCCAAACUCUUCCAAUACCACCACAAGUCCUUAGCCAUGACCACCAAAUUUGCUAUUCAAGAUCAAGGUUAGAAGAAUGACAGAGUGAUCACAUGAUAUGAUCUGAAAAUCAAAAUUUAUCUCCUCACUUCACUCCUUCAUACGGUAAAUCUGCGUAAGAUGUCGUUAACAGAGCUGGCUCUGGAGUAAAAAUUUAGUACCUAUUUUGGAAUGAAUGAAAGAGAAUUCCUGUCAAUAAAAACCA